AUGGAUUCAAACCUGUCCAAGCUAAAUAUUGAUGCUGGUGCGAUUUCAUCUCGGGCGCGGAUUCGCCAGCCCGAGGAAGACUGGACAGGGAUCACCGACCCAAGUGCACGACGGAGAAUGCAAAAUAAGCUGAACCAACGUGCUCAAAGAGAAAGACGGAAAAUUAUACGCGAGCAGCAAAAAGAAGCUAUGCAGCAGAGAAAGGGUAAUCCAAGGAAAGCCUUCAUUCUCCCAAGGCCGACACAGGUAGCAAAGUAUCAGCAGCCAGCAAGCCUUGCAGAAGCGGCUCUCAUGAUGGCACAAUUCGACCAAGACGCAUAUGAAAGGUAUUCCACAGGGAACCCUUGCUUGGACCAUCUCAUAACCCUAUCCAAGUUCAACGUCCUACGUGCCUUCAUGCAGAACCUAAGCCUCCUUAGUAUUCCGCUUCAGGACAUCGAAGACGAUAUCCCAUCCCCAUUCAAUACACCCCAGCCAUCCCCUUAUGAAGACAGAAAACUUCCCCCUGGGCUUUUCCCAACCGCUGUCCAGAUUCAUGUCCCUCACCAUCCCUGGCUAGAUUGCUUUCCCUUUCCGCAAAUCCGGGACAACUUGAUCCUAGUCGCGCAUCUAUUCAAUGACUGUGAUCUCUGUACAGACAUCAUGGAUCCCGCAGAUAGAAAUGUUGGCAUGGUUAUAUGGGGUGACCCGUGGCUGGCCUCAAGCUGGGAAGUGUCUGAAUUUUUUAUCAAGAAAUGGUUCUGGGUUAUCCAAGGGUGCCCAGAAAUUAUACAGUCGAGCAACGUCUGGAGGGCGAAGAGAGGCCUCAAGAGGCUUAGUCUAAGUUGUACAUCGCUAAAUAUCCCGACCUUCGUUGAUAAAGCUACAGGAGCGUGA